AUGUUGCCGGUAUCAAAACAGAAAUCUACUCCAUCUUCUUAUCCUCAUUCAUUUCAAUCUUCACCUUACUAUCUAACACCAAUGCCAUAUGAUCUUCAUUAUCAAAAAUCUUAUCUAUCUUCAUCAUCAUAUGACAAGCCGAAAGAAUUAAUUUCUAAUUAUCAAUCUAUACAACCAAAAUUAAUAUCAUCAUCAAAUAAUAAUUCUUCCCAGACAAAUUUAAAUUUAUCUUCUCCAACUAUGAUGCCAUUCGCACAAAAACGAAUUAAUAAUAAUUAUAAUCAUUCAUUAACACUCGAAAAACAAACAGUAUCAAUGCCAUGUUGUUUACCUUGUUGUUCUGGUCAAUCAAUAAAUGAUGAUAAACCUUCUAUAUCGAAAAAUAUUUCUCCAAAUGAACGAAUGAUUCAUUCACAAUAUACAGUUUCACCUUUAUUAAAACGUAAUCAUUCAGAGACAUUAAAAAAUUCUAAUCCAUUAUUAUCUAAUAAUCGAAAAGAACGUCGACUUCAAUCAAAUCCAUAUCCAGCACCAAAAAAUGUUUUUCUUCCACCAUUUAUUCCGUCUCAUUAUUCUCAAAAUUCAUCGACAAAUGAAAUAAAAAAUAAAACAAAUGCUUAUCAUACAGUAUCACCAACUGUUGUACAAAAUUCUUCUACAGUAAUAAGUCCACCAAACACACCUAAUGAAUUAACAUUACCAAAUACAUUUUUUGAAAGUAUUGAUAUAUCACAAGCUAUUGUUAAACAUAGUCCUAUUAAUAUGGAUAAAAUACCUAAACUUGUGGUACGACAUACAAAAACAUAUUUAAAUAAAAAAAUUGAUACUAUGGGACAAUUGUUUCCAACAUGGUUUAAUGAACCAGAUUAUCGUUGUAUACAUUGUUUUACUUGUGAUCAAGUAUUUACACCACAACAAUUUAUGAUACAUGUUGAUGAUGAACAAAUGGCAAAUAUACAGCCAAUAAAUAUGACAUCAAUACAAUUAUUAACGUCAGAAAAAUUAUCAGAAUAUAAAGUUGCAUUGUAA